UUAUAGUUUUAUGGUACAGCGGAGAGCAUCUCUGAAGCCAAUCAUCUUGAAGUUGAAUGAAACAGAUUGUUGGAAGUAUCGUGGAGAAGGUAAAACUGGUCUGGUGGUGACGAACAAUUGUGGACUCGCUUUGAAGUUGCGCAAGGGAAUCCGAGAGAACGAUUAUUUGUACCUCUAUACAAGGAACUUAUUGUAUGUUGAAGUGUGCAUAGCUCCUAUAUUUGGACCGUUCUUGUGCUAUGGACAGGUGACAAAGCUUCCUACAAAUCUUGCUGCCACUGUUGUGUCUAAGAUACAAAACAGACGGAGCAGCCUGAAGCACUCCAACAUUGACGUUAAGUGCCCGUAUGCUCUAAUGAUGCCAGAUGCAUGCGCUCUUCCUGGUCACAACAAUAUAAUCACUAUCGAGAUCAAACCAAAAGCGUACUUGAGAACCACAGGAAAGCAGCAGGCCCCAAUAAAAUGCUGCAGAUUCUGUUCAAAUAUUGAGAAGCGAUAUAAUACUGGGUUGAUCCCUGCACAAACUCAAUAUUGUCCAAGAGAUUUCUUUUCACCAAGAGCAAGUAAAGUUGCUCAAGCUAUCAAUGCUUUGUUUGAUGAACCUCUUAGCUACAUGACCAUCCACAAGGACAACCUAAGGAUAUUUGACGAAGACAAUAAAAACAUAGAAGAAAUUCUGAGUCCUCAAAGCUACAGGACAAGAAAUGAGCUUAUCAAUGUUAUCGUGAAGAUUCUGCUGUCCAAACGGACUAGUAGUAACAGAAAUGUCCUUCAAGUGAUCGAAGAGGCUCAGAAAAUCAAUAUGCUAUCUAUACCUGAUCUGUGUCAAAUAUACAGUCGCUUCAGCAGCAAGGGUCUCGAUAUAGACAUAGAAAUAGGCAGAUGGCUGGCUGGUGAAUCAACUCUGAGUGAAGAAUUUUUGAGACUUCUUGAUCUUAUCAUCAAGUUCAGCAUCAGUAUCAUAGCACAGGAUAUCAGUAUUAUGAUAUCGAUAUCAUCUACAUCUGAUAACAGCCUUCCUCAAAUUAUCACCAAUGGACGAGUGUAUUCCUACAAGGUAAGCAUUGUGGAUGUAGACUAUAAAAGUGUUAAGAAGUUGCCCAAGUACCUGCUACAGGAAAAGGAGCUGUGUGUAAGUGAGAAUGCUAGUAACCAUAGUAACCAUACUAGUAACCAUUGUAUGCAGACUAAGAAUGGUGAUCAUGAUGGUGAAUGUGAAAAUGGGGAAACCAAAUCAUAGCUGGAAGAAUUUUACUUGGGGUGAAACUUUCAUCGUGUAAAAUAGUGAUUUUAUUUGGAGGGAUUGGUAGACUUAUUAGAGAAGGUAUCUAUGACCAGUAUAUUUAGCCGGUGCAUUAGGUUGAUCCUCAUGCAACAGGUUCGAUGAGGUUCUGUUAGUGUUUAAAUUUCAAUAAGAUAAUCAUGAUACAUUAUAAAUUAAAAGUACACAUAUUAUGAAGCUAGUUUUGAUUAGGCUGAUUAUUAAGAAUUAGAUGCUUUUCUGCUGAUUGAUAGUUUAUGCUAUUUAUACUCAUGAUCAGUUGAGUUAGGUUUAAUAUCUAAAUUUAGAAAAUUAUUUGUUAUUUAUUUCUGAAUUUUUAGCUUUAUAUUAUGUGCAGUUAAUUUCAGUAAGUUUCGUAUGAUCAUUUUGCUGAGUACUAUCGUGGUAAAAAUAAUGCCUAAAGUUUUACAUAGUAAAACACUUAUCACAACCGUCCCACAAUGAUGUUGCCCAGCCUUAAAAGCUUAGAGUGCUUACUAAUAACUGUCCUUGAUGAUUUCGAAGUGCAACACAAAUCUAACAAUGACGUUACAGUGACGUCACAAUGACAUCAUAGUUCCUCUUUUAUCAAUACUAACCCUGGGUCCCUGAGAGUCCAUUACACAAUACACAUUACACAGGAACUUACUUUACAGCAAAAACCAGUCUUUUGCCAAACCGCACCAAAACCUAUCUGGGCAAAUUAUGUUUAUUUCCACUGGGGAAAUUGAAAUCAUUAAUAUCAUAUUCACUAGUUAUGGAAUCCAUUGAAAUGCAACCAUGAUUAAAAAUAAGAAAAAGAUAGUUUUUGUUAGUUUUACAAUUUUUCGUUCGUUAUUUUCGUAAUAGAAUAUUAUACACAGAACGAUUAUUCCUUGAUUAAUGUAAUGAGUUAAUGUUAAAAUGUAAAUGAUUUCUGUUCUCAAUGGUAAACGGGACACAUUUGUGUGUGUUAUAAUGUCGAUUAGGAAACGACCGAACCAUUAUGAAAAGUUCGGCUGUAUUUCGGUUUUUUAAAAACCGAACCGGUCAAAAACGGCCGAAACCCGAGCCAAAAUUUCGGUCGUUUCCUAAUGUUGUUGAUUCCACUUUAGGUAGAAAAUCUGGGUUGCUAUGUUGUUAUUAAUUCUGUUCCGAAAUUAUCAAUCCUUGAACUUCA